AUGUCGCACGUUCCUUGGAAUUCUGAGACUGUCAACUCUCUCUUUGAUUACCUCGAUGCCAACAGUGACCAAUUCGCCAACUCCGACGCCAGGAACAAAGUUGGAUUCCCAGAAUCAGCCAAGUUCAUUUCCCGAAAAUUCAGUAUCGACCCCCCAUUUUCAGCCCAGCAAGUCAAGAAGAAGUUUUCCAACUUAUGGAACAAGUACAAGAAAGCUGGGUUUACUUCCGAGCAACUGUUCAAAGAAGGGAGAUCCUGUCUCAACUUGCCCACUAGGUUUGCCGCAGAUUCACCUGACACAACCUCGUCAGCCUUGAAAGGUGACCAUUCAGAGCCGGACCCUGAGGAACCGCGAAACCUUGAAGCCGAGCCAACAGUGGUGCGGCGAGGCCAACGACGAACGGAGCCUGAAAAGACAUCGAAGUCCGAUGAAUGUGCUGCAUUAAGGAAGGAAAUCGAAAAGCUCAGGACUCACUUGGCAUCAGAGAGCAGAACUGAGCGCGGACCACAGGAUUUGCUUUCGCAAAUCAUGCGUCUCGAACCGUCGGAUCAGAGUAUUCGGCUUGCGAUGGACGACAUGGUUAAGAUUAUCCGCGGUAUAGUUCAUUCCUAUCAAGAUGAAGGGUUUGGACAAAUGAUUCCAGAAAUGUCAAUUAUUGAAAAGAAAUUCCCGGGGCUCUGCUCUCUCUGCGAACAGGCUUUGCAGGUUCAGCCACAGGAAUCGCUCUUUCGGUACACAGCAAGUCUGAGUUUGAAAGUAGGGCCUCCAGACAACGCCGAAUUGCUGAGGAGCUUGAUUGGGGCCGCGAUUCACAAUUGGGCGUUGGAGUCGGAGUUUCCAGAAUUUUCCGGCGGGAAUGACCCAGUGUUGAGACAAUCUUAUCGUCUAGUUCGAAAAAACUAUGGGCUCAUUGCAGAAAUGCACCACCGGCAGGCUUUGACGAAGUCAUUCAUCGACGAGGAACACUUUCAGCGGAAGAAUCUACCCAUAAAGGCAGAAGAACUAGCAAUAAACCUGGCCGGCGCUCUAUCUCGGUCAUUGGCUCCUGAUGGCAACUUUAAGAAGGUCGUUUACCCCAGCCACUGGAUUGAUUAUGAACCCAAGAUUCGCACUCUCUUUGAGAAAGCUCUGUCGCUGUGUUGCAAGCUGAAAUUGUGCGUUUCUGAUAGCCAUUGCUUUUUUUGGCCGGCGCCAGGCACGAAAUUCAACGUCGAGACAAUGACAACCGGCCAAGAUGAGGAGAAUUUUCCAGAGGUGCGGGUGAGACUCACAUUAUUUCCGGGCCUUGCCGCGUCUUCAAACGAAGACUUCACGAGCGAGGAAAGUGAUGAUGCAAGGCUGCUUCGUGGACUACGCCAAAGCAAGGACGGCGAGGUGAUCGUCAGAGCGUUGGUCUUAGUUUGA